AAACAACUUAAGGAAAUUGGAUUGUCAAAACAAAAAAUUCCAUUUAACCAGCAAAAUAUUAAAGCUUGGCUCAAGAAAAAUGAAAAUGAAGUAAAGAAAGAUGGCAAACAAUUAGUUGGUGAUAUUAAGCAUAUUUGA